GAUUUUUUGCUCAGUCUUGCACCGGACGAUCGACGACUCAGUUCAGAUCCAUCAAAGAUCUACUGCGCUUCUGAAGUCUAAGGUUUGAUUCUUGAUACGGUUAGAAUUUCGCGCGGGGACUUGGCGGAAGACGGGUGAUGCAGUUGAGACAGUCCCGAGUCUACGACAAGAUAAUAAGCAUUCCAUCGAAGAAAGUGAUUUGUGAGCGGCGUGCUAAUCGUUUCGUGAUCUAGAGACAAGGAAGGUUGGAAUUAGAACGAUUGGUGUGCAGUGAGAGUGUAGGGCUGGCCUAGUUAACAGAUAGGCAGAAACAAUAGACCAUUCUAUGGAAAGUGGAUCGGUGGGGUAGUAAUUAACGUUGCCGAGGGUGAUCAAGGCCCAAACGAGAGAGGAUUUUUGUGGAGAAUCGCGGUCAGUAGAAGCAAAUCGACGAUCAAGUGGACUUUCGCGCGAUCUAUUAUUAGAGUUCGAGUCGAAUUCGGGAAAACAACAACUGAUCGACGACGACCACGGCUUGUUUUCCUUUGGCAGACCAGCUGAUGUGUGAGCCUGUUUGACCCUCCCCCCAUCGUCGGUACAUUUAGGGGGGCGCGUGUUGUGGUUGUGGUUGUUCCUAUUUGCCGAUCUUUUCGUAAUUACCCAACAAAAAACAAAAGAAGAAAAGCCGGCGGCUGUAAGCACUCGUGAGAAAAGGCGCAAUUUCAGCGAUUGCCUCUUUUGCUACAAUUCGAACUAAGAUCCCAAUUCAAAUCAACAAACCGGACCGGAAGCAAAUAUCGGAAGCAUUCAAAAAAUCCAUCAUGGAGAACGAUCCGCAAGCCUUCAACGCAAAACUGGUGAAAGAGUACGAAGUUCCGAUGGUAUCGAUGGACGGUGAAGCCCAUCCGGAAAUCACACUGGCAGCAGUUGGUCUGGGCGUUGUCGUGGCUUGCAUAAUCCUCAUCACACUGAUUGCACUAAUCAGUCGCAGAAAGAGACACUUUUCCAACAACAUCAAUAACCAACGAAACUCGACGGAAAUCUUUACCAUCACGAAGCCCAUCGAUGCCCAAAGUUGUCGAAGUGGUCGAAGCUCGACGAAGACCAUCAAGUCGGACAUAGUUACCGAAAUUUGAACAAUUUGAACGCUGGUUGCAGGCCCCAAGGGAUGAUCAUGCUUUAGACUGAAUCUGAUAUGAUAUGACUGGUACCCGAAAGAGUAGAAGUUCCGCUGUGUAUAUUAUGUAAGGAGUUGUUAUGCCGGAAUGGCGUUCUUUUGUAUUCCACUGAUUUUGAUCACGAUUGUAGUUUCUAU